UAAAUAACUUUCAACACAAUUGAAACUAAACUUAGUAUAGCAAGGAAGAAGUAUUAUUUAUGUAAAACACUUCCGCUUCUGCAGCAUCUCCAAGAAUCCUACUCUGGUUUAUUCCCAAAUCCCCGUCCAUUCGUUCCCAAAUCUUGAAACCCCUAACCCUAGCCCUCAGUCCGCCUACAGGGUUCAGUCUUCAAGCCCAAGCUUAAUUGCUCGGACAGCAAGCACUAGCAGCGCCAGCUGAGGCGAGUCGCCACUCGAAACUCAACUUCAGCUCUGCACUAACUCUUCAGUCUCAUUUCGUUUCAAGCCUUCAAAAAUCAAGGUGAGACAGGCGACAUGUCAGUUCUAAUAGUGACAAGCUUAGGAGACAUGGUGGUAGAUUUGUAUACGGAUCAAUGCCCCUUGACCUGCAAGAACUUUUUAAAACUCUGCAAGAUUAAAUAUUAUAAUGGGUGCUUAUUUCACACUGUUCAGAAAGAUUUUAUUGUGCAGACUGGUGAUCCUACUGGAACAGGGAGUGGUGGGGAUUCUGUCUACAAAUUUCUAUACGGCGAUCAGGCCCGCUUUUUUGGGGAUGAGAUUCGUCUGGAUUUAAAGCAUUCAAAGACAGGCACUGUUGCCAUGGCUAGUGCUGGAGAGAACCUUAAUGCUUCCCAGUUCUAUUUUACGCUGCAUGAUGAUCUUGAGUAUCUUGAUGGGAAGCACACAGUUUUUGGGGACUUAGCAGAAGGUCUUGAGACAUUGACGCGGAUAAAUGAAGCUUAUGUGGAUGAGAAGGGAAGACCAUAUAAGAAUAUCCGUAUCAAACACACAUAUAUCCUGGAUGAUCCUUUUGAUGAUCCUCCCCAGCUUGCUGAGUUGGUACCUGAAGCUUCACCUGAAGGAAAACCGAAGGAUGAGGUUGAUGAUGACGUGCGACUUGAAGAUGACUGGGUGCCCAUGGAUGAACAAUUGGGUCCUGCAGAGCUUGAGGAAGUUAUUCGUGCAAAGGGAGCACAUUCUAGUGCUGUUGUACUUGAGGCGAUUGGGGACAUUCCUGAUGCGGAGAUAAAGCCUCCUGAGAAUGUGUUAUUUGUUUGUAAACUGAAUCCUGUUACUGAAGAUGAGGACCUGCAUACUAUCUUUUCGCGUUUUGGAACUGUUGUAUCGGCUGAAAUUAUCCGUGAUUACAAGACUGGAGACAGUUUAUGCUAUGCUUUCAUUGAAUUUGAAACCGAUGAGGCUUGUGAACAAGCAUAUUUUAAGAUGGAUAAUGCUUUAAUUGAUGAUCGAAGGAUACAUGUGGAUUUCAGUCAAAGUGUUUCAAAAUUAUGGUCCCAAUAUAGGCGCAAAGAUCAUCAAAUGGGCAAAGGAAGAGGCUGCUUUAAAUGUGGUGCUCUUGAUCAUAUUGCUAGAGAUUGUACUGGGGGAGCUAUCAUUAAUCAGCAAGCUCCGAAGUACAUUUUGAAAGAUGACAAUGCUCAGCAUGGCGGGAAUGAUGACUCUAGAUAUGAAAUGAUAUUUGAUGGAGACACUCCGGAAAGUCCAAAGGGAGGGAAGAGAAAUCUUGAUCAUGAAUGUGAAGACCGUGUUGAGAAACAAAAGACUAGCAGGCACAGUUAUGAUGCCUUGAAAUAUAGGGAUUAUGGAAGGAAAGACUCAAGGGAGCGUCAUAUGGAGAAUGAUAGAGAUAGAGGAAACAGAGCAGAUAAGAACCAAGAAUGUAAUACACAUCAAUCCAGUGGAAGAAGGAGAGACCGGGAAUAUCUUGAUGAUAGAGAGUCAAGAGAAAGUCUUGUGGAGAGACGGGGGAAUAGAGAUGAUGACAGGAGAGAUGACAAUGAGCAUAGAAGUACAGAUUCUCAUAGACAUGGAGACAGGAGGGAUGAUCGGGAGCAUAGGAAGAGAAUCCCAGACAAGGAUAGCCAUGGAGACAGCAGGAUCGACAGUAAAUUCAGAAAGAGAAAUGAAGAUGGCGAUAGACGAGACAGGAAGGAUGAGCAUGGCUAUAGAAAGAGAAGUAUAGGUAAUGGUGGGCACAGGGACAGGAGGGGAGAGCGAGAUCUCAGAUGGAAUGAACGAAUUGAUGAUGAUCAUGAUCAUAGUAGGAGGCACUCUGGUGACAAAAGAAGAUGAACUACUACCUGAUGAAUGUUUGUGAAAUCUCCAUUAGAAUUUAUUUUGCUGUUUGUUACUUUGGUUUUUUCUAACUGUUAUAAACCAUAAGUGAAAUGACUGUUUAUUGACUUA